AUGGCCGAAGAAGGUAAGGUAGGAGAGAAGAAACUCUCUAAGAAACAACUAAAGGCCCAACAAUUCCGUAAGUCCAAGGAAGAAAAGACUACAGACGCCAAAAGGAAGAUAGAAGAAGAAGAGAAAAAAGAGGAAGAGCAACCAAAGAAAAAGAGGAAAACCAGAAGAGGUAAGAAAGGCAAAGGUAAUAAGAAUGCAAGCGGGAACAGAUUCAUAGUGUUUGUUGGUGGCCUCCCAAAAGAUAUUACUGCUUCAGAACUUCAAGUACACUUCAAGAGUAGUGGCCCUGAUGUUAUUAGGUUGAGAGCAGAGAAAGGUAUAGCAUUUUUGGAAUUUGAUGGUGAUAAGGAUAAAACUGGUAUUCAAAGACGUAUGGAUGUUGCCUUACUUCAGAAUAAGACCAUGCUAAAGGAUAGAAGAAUCAAUGUAGAGCUUACUGUUGGUGGUGGUGGAAAUAGUCAAGACAGGCUGGAGAAACUACGUAAGAAGAAUGAAAAGUUUGAAGCUGAAAGACAAGAAAGAAUGGCUAAAUUCAUAAAUAAAUCCACACCAAAAGAUAAGAAAUCUGACUCAGAUACAACAACAACUACCGGUAUUCAUCCUGACAGAGCUAAACUUCUCAAGUAA